AUGUCUUUCACAGGAACCUUGGAUAAAUGCAAAGCUUGUGAUAAGACUGUUUAUUUUGUUGAUUUGUUAACUGCUGAUGGCGUUACUUAUCAUAAAGCGUGCUUCAGAUGCACCCAUUGCAAAGGCACUCUUUCGAUGAGCAACUACUCCUCCAUGGAUGGAGUCCUUUACUGCAAGCCUCAUUUUGAACAACUCUUCAAGGAAUCUGGUAAUUUCAGCAAGAAUUUCCAUCAAACAUGUAAUGCAGCAAAACCAGAUAAAGAAAGCGGGUCAAAAGCUCCAAGCAAACUCUCAUCUAUGUUCUCUGGUACCCAAGACAAAUGUAGACAAUGUAACAAGACUGUUUACCCCCUCGAAAAGGUGACGAUGGAAGGUGAACCGUACCACAAAUCAUGCUUCAAAUGUGCCCAUGGAGGCUGCCCUCUUACACACUCAUCAUAUGCUGCCCUAGAUGGUGUUCUUUACUGCAAGCAUCAUUUUGCUCAACUCUUCAUGGAGAAAGGAAAUUACACUCAUGUCCUCGAGGCUGCAAAUAGAAAGAGCAACGCGAAGCCCGAGGAUGCACCCGAGACCGCUGGGGAUCCGGAGGAAGGAGGAGGAGGAGGAGGAGACGAAGGAGCGGAGGAUGACGGCCACCCCGAACCACCGCCGGAGGAGGAGAAACCACCAGAAGAGGACUAG